AUGCAAAUAUGUCAAAAAUAUUUAUGGAUAAGAUUUGAAUUAAUUAUGAUUGUUAAUGUCGUCACACCACAAUCACCCAUUAGUAUUAAAUUGGAUUCACAUCAACAGUUAACAACAAAAACAAAUAUACUUCAAACUUUGAUUAUAAUAACUAAAAAAGAUAUAAUCUUUGAGAAAUCAGGCUGUAAAAGAGUAUCCGAUUUAAAAAUGAGUAUUGGUAUCCCAGUAAAGAUAUUGCACGAAGCAGAUUCACAUGUUAUCACUUUGGAACUGAGGAACGGUGAUCUGUAUCGUGGUACAUUGAUCGAGAGCGAGGACAACAUGAACUGUCGUAUGGAGAAUAUUACCAUGACAGCCAAGAACGGAAAACAAACUCAAAUCGAACAAAUCUACAUAAGAGGAAGUAAAAUCAGAUUUUUCAUUCUGCCAGACAUGCUUAAGAAUGCACCGAUGUUCAAGCGUAUAGAUGGUAGAACUGUACUGCGUGGAAAGAGUCUUGGUAUAGGAAGAUCUGUCGGUCGUGCUAGAGGUGGUCCUCCAAGAGGUAAGAAUCAUCAUCAUCACCAACAUUAUCAACAUUAUCAACAACAACAACAACAAUCAACAGUCAGUUCAAGAACAAAUUAUGUUAACUAUAACAAUUCAAAUCCUUUUUAUAAAACAGGUGGUGGAAGAGGUCGUGGUGGUUUCAAUUCUGACAGAGGUGGUUUCAACUCUGAUAGAGGUGGAUUCCAAGUUCUUCAACAUCAAGCGACAGUAACUAUAGCAAGUAUUACACGACUACACCAACAAGUCACUUUAGCUUUUAUAGAAUUAUUUCUUAUUUUUCAAUGCUUCUCUUCUGACGACUUAAUCAUUGUAUUGAAUUCAUUCACUGUCAAUGUAGACAUAUUAGUAAUGAUUGUGAUGAUAUUGACAACGAUUGUCAUCACCACAAGUGAUAUUAGACAACAACCUUGCAACACCACCAACCCCAAAAUACCCUUUGACGAUACUGAUGAUAGUUGUAGAAAUAGUAGUAGUAGUAGUAGAAUGUGUAGAGUAGCCGACAAAUGA